AUGCCCGUGCACGCCAACGACGACCAGGAGAUUGCCCAAGCUACCCCUCGCAAGCGCCAGCGCAUGUCCCUGGACUUGCGCAGGCAGAUUGUUGCAUUGCGCGACGAGGACUUGUGCUCCUUUCGCGAGAUUGCUGACUAUCUUGAUGUCCCGGUCGCAACCGUGCACAAUGUGUGCACCAAGUUUCGCGAGACUGGUAUCAUAGAGCCUCGUGCCUCCAAGCCGCCCAAUCGGACAGUCGUGACGAGCGAAAUGGAGGAAUUCCUGGCGGAAGAAAUCGACAAGGACUGCGCCGUGACCAACGGCAUGCUGGCCGACAAGUUGCACGAGAAGCGCCAAGAGUGGUUUCAGGACUUGGCCAAUGCGAACAUUCCCCAAUCGCGCAUCUUCUACGUCGAUGAGUGUGGCUUCAACAUUAACAUGCAUAAGCGCGCGAUCAAGAACGUCGAUUCCAUUCGUGCUCCGAACUGGACACUGAUUUGUGUGAUUGGCAAUAUGGGUGUUGUGCACUACGACAUCCACCACGGCCCUGUCAACCAGCAUGUAUUCCAACGGACGAUGGCCAAGUUUAUUCACGUGCUGGAAGGUCGCGAACUUGAGCCACACACUGCCGGCGACUCCUUCCGCAACGACGAAGACCACGGCGCGAGCGACGAUGAGCACGAUAGCGACCAGGCUCCAGAGCAAGAGCUCGAGGAUGAAGGGUCUGCCAAGUAUGUCGAGUUUCACGGGAAGGUUCUGAGCGCAGAGGAGCCAUCACAGAGCGAGCACAACAACAGCAAUCACACCCACCACCACCACAACCACAACAACAGCAGCUCGAGUGCUCCAGCGCCGUCCUCUUCUUCUGCCCCUGCACCUCCCAGUACCGGCGCUGGGACAUCGAUGCAGCAUGCUGGACCAUCAGCGCAGCAUGCCGGCACAUUGACGCAGCAUGCCGCAGCCUCAUCCACUUCGAAUCGUGCUGCAGCAGGUGUGUCGCUCCAUGCACAGCAACGUACGCAGCCGCGAGAUACUCAUGCGGCGUCGGAACUACUACGACGCCGGCGUGGUCGGCUACCGCGAGGGCACCAUCGCUCAACAGCUUUUACAGACGACAACCAGGAUGAGGACAACUCUGCCGACGACGUUGGGCAGUGGUCUUCCGCAGCAGCAGCAGCAGCAGCAGCAGCAAGUCACCCAGCAUCCUCCACAGGCACCUCUUCCCUGCGACAUCCAAUGCGGACGCGUCGUCUCCAACAACUUGUGCAGCCGUCAUCCCGAACUUCAGCCCGCGCCGCAGCACCCAGACGCACAUCCACCUACACCUACCCUCCCGCUGUUGAAGCCCUACGGACGAACGAUGCCGACGACGACGAUGAUGAUGAUGACGACGACGAUGAGGAAGCUUAUCACCCUUCCCAGGCCGAAUGCUUUCAAGACGAGGCGGAGGAAGGCAACGACAACGCAGAUUUGCUGAUCGCAUCGGAAGAGAAGUACGGCCGCUCUUUCCCGCGAGAUGGCAGAACGUACAAGGCGUGGAUUGUGAUGGACAAUGCGAGCUUCCACAAAACAGCCAGCCUGCGCAACUACUUUUGGCGUAGGAACUACCGUCUGCUGUAUCUUCCGCCGUACUCGUCAUUCCUCAACCCGAUUGAAUAUGUUUUUGGCAAGAUUAAAUCUUGCUUCAAGCGCACUCCUCUGAAAAAAAGCGAGAAAGUCCAUCGCCGCAUUGAAGAUGCUGUUCGCCAAGUGUCGGCGCAAAAUUGCAGCCGCUCCAUUGUCCAUGUCAGCAAGUAUGCCUUCCCUUGUGCGCAGCUCGAAGAUAUCAAGGAUUAA